AUGGAUUCGGACCCUCCCGACUCUAGGAAAAGGCCGCUGGAGACCCCCACCGAAGCCAUCAGCACCAAGAGGAGCAACACCGGAGUUCUCCCCAAUGCAGGGACCACGGAGCGCGUGUGUCUGGUUCAAGGCACAGCGGAAGCCCUCAACGCCGUCCACAACUUCAUUGCCGAAAAGGUCCGGGAGAUCCCCCAGUCUGUAGUGAAGCCGGAAUCGGUCAAUAUCCUGCAGCCUCAGACAACUAUGAAUCCUGACCGAGCCAAGCAGGCCAAGGUGAUUGUUCCCAACAGCACCGCCGGGCUGAUCAUCGGCAAAGGCGGCGCCACGGUCAAGGCCAUCAUGGAGCAGUCUGGAGCCUGGGUGCAGCUGAGCCAGAAACCCGAGGGCAUCAACCUCCAGGAACGCGUGGUGACCAUCAGCGGCGAGCCCGAGCAGAUCCACAAGGCGGUGGACAUCAUCGUGCAGAAGAUCCAGGAGGACCCGCAGAGCAGCAGCUGCCUCAACAUCAGCUACGCCAACAUCGCUGGCCCCGUGGCCAACUCCAACCCAACCGGAUCCCCUUACGCCAACUCCACGGACGUGCUGCCCGCCGCCGCGGCCGCAGCCACCGCUUCGGGCCUGCUGGGCCACACCAGCCUCGCCGGGGUGGGAGCGUUCCCGGCCGCUCUGCCGGGCUUCUCCGGCAGUGACCUUUUGGCCAUCAGCACGGCUCUCAACACCUUGGCGAGCUACGGAUACAACACCAGCUCUCUGGGGCUCGGCCUCAACUCAGCCGCCGCCUCCGGAGUGCUGGCUGCCGUGGCCGCCGGCGCGAAUCCAGCCGCCGCCGCCGCCGCCAACCUCUUGGCUUCCUACGCCAACGAAGCGUCCACCAGUACCACCACCCCAGCCGGCGCCGUGGGGGCCUUCACGUUGGGUUCCCUAGCCGCUGCCACCGGGGCAGCCAAUGGCUACUUGGGGACAGCCUCUCCACUGGUGGCCAGCUCCUUCUUGGCCACGGAGAAGCUGGUGGAAAGCGCCAAAGAUAUGGUGGAGAUUGCCGUUCCGGAGAACCUAGUGGGCGCCAUUUUGGGGAAAGGCGGCAAGACGUUGGUGGAAUACCAGGAGCUGACGGGCGCCCGCAUCCAGAUUUCCAAAAAGGGGGAGUUUAUCCCGGGUACUAGGAACCGUAAAGUCACCAUCACAGGCACUCCGGCCGCUACGCAAGCGGCGCAGUAUCUUAUCAGCCAGCGAGUAACGUAUGAGCAAGGAGUCCGAGCCACCAACCCGCAGAAAGUGGGAUAAGAGAAGGCCGGAGGGAAGUCUGGGGGAAGGAGUAGAAUUCAAGUCAAUUCUUUAAUCAUUAAAAUUGUAACCUAGCCAACACCA